UCCGCGCAUGCGCACUUCCUCCCUGCCCAGCUCCUCAGACUCGAUCAAAAAGCUGCGACGCACGAACAGUACCGAGGAGAAACACGUUUCUGCAGCCAGCGCGGGUCGUUUCACAUGCAGUGGGUCAGUGAGUUCACUUGAUGUCAGCACCCUCAGGGGGUGGGAGGGCCUGCAAAAUCAAAACCCACUAACACCAGUGAUCUCAGUUGAAACCUCCGACUUUGCACCCACAUCUGUGACCACCCUCAUGUUCCUACAGAACACCGAAUAGCUUGUUCAGAAAACGCUGUCGCAGAGCUAAAAGGAAGGGAUUCUUUCCAACAUGGAGGGCAUAGCAGUGGACAACCUAAUAGACUUCGACCUUCCUUCAGAGGCCACAACUCUUGCCGUAGAUGGAGGCCAACACCAGGGCCAUACAGACAUUUUCUCCCCAGAGCCGCCGGCGUCUUCCAUGGGAAUCCACCAACAGCCCUUAUUGCCAGAGCCAAUGGCGCCAACCAAGCCCAGCUCUCACCACCAACACCGCCACCACCACCACCAAGAGGAAGGAGACAACGACAGCGACGCUACAGAGUCGGCAGACAGUGAGAACGACAUGGACCCGCCCUCGCACAUGUGGGAGCUGAGGAGGUCGUCGUCUUCGUCCGCCCACAGCGGAGAGGACAACGACGCUGAGAUGGUGGAGAGGAGGCAGUUCAUGAAGGCUUACGUGGAGAAGGUGUUUCAUGGAAGGGAGGACUUUGACCAGGAAGAGAAGGCUCGUUUUGGAGAGCUGUGCAGUGGAGAGAACGGCAAAGGCAGGGAGUGGUUCGCCAAAUACGUCAGCGCACAGCGCUGCCACUCCAAAUGCGUGAGUGAAGCCACCUUCUACAGACUGGUGCAGUCCUUUGCAGUUGUACUGUUUGAAUGUUACCAGAUGGAUGACUACAGUCCAGCCAAAAACCUCAUGACGAUGUGCUUCACAUACUACUACACUGGGAAGUCCCCGCCGUCCCCGUCAGAGCUGCUGGAUCGUGGUGGUCCUCCACCUGGUCUGGACUCGUACCUGAACAAGGCCAACUCCUGGCUGACCGGGAAGAAGGAUGCCGCUGAGCGCCUCCUUAAAAACACAUCCAAGACUGACGUCAAAGGCUUCUUCGGAGGCUUAGAGAGCAAGCUGAGGAGCUCAAUGACUCUCAAGACUGAGGAUGGGGAAAACCCGGGUGAGACAAAGCCCAUAUCACCAGUGUCUGAUGCUCCAGAGGAGAAGAAAACAGAGAAGGUGUACCUGUACACACACCUGAAGCAGCAACCCAUCUGGCACACACUCAGGUUUUGGAAUGCUGCAUUUUUCGACGCCGUCCAUUGUGAGAGGAAGAAAAGAUCGCCGACCACAAGGGGGACGCAGGAUGAAGAGAAAGACGAGAGGGAGAAGUGGUGUCAUAUGACCCAGGAGGAGAGGGACGACAGCUCCAAAAUCGAUGAGAACAUCGCCUUCGGCCAACUGGGGACAUUCACCCAUAACAUGCUGGCAUUUGGGCUCAGCAAGAAGCUCUGCAACGACUUCCUGAAGAAGCAGGCGGUCAUUGGGAACCUGAACGAAGAACAGUACAAGUUGCUGACUGACCACAUAGAGAAAAUGGCGGCAGAGUGAGGUCGGCGACAGUGGUCCUGCGUUUCAAAGUCUGACAGCAAACACACACACACACACACACACACACACACACACACACACACAUCAGCGGUUUCUUUUCAACUCAGUGUGACAGUGACCGACUCUCUCUGUUUGACUGUUGUUGCAUCUGUGUGGUACAAAAACAUGAACCCGCUGUACUGAACUGUGCCAUACUGUAGCAAACCCUGUUUUCCCGGUCGUGCUCCUAUAUCAGCAAUAAUACGACAUCAUCAGCUGGUGCAGACUUCCCUAACAGCCGUGUUUGUGACCUGCUUUACAAAAAGACUACAAGUAUCAAGUGAAACCAUCCAGUAUAUAACCUAAACAGCCUCAGUGUGGUGUCCAACUCUCUGGAUUGAUACAUUAUAUUAUCCUCUGUGCUGGUUUACUCUGUGUUUCCUUGCCAACCAUAUUUAUUACAUGUUAGUGUAACAUCAUCAUCAUCAUCAAGUAUCGUCCUACAUACAGUUCAAAACAACCCUGGGUGUGUUAGUACGUGGCGAUAAUAGUUCAUAGCUUAAAUCUGCUUCUGUUCAGGUGACGUCAGGUCACCGCAAAGUUAAAUUAAUUACCCAGUACUCUCUAACGCUCGUCUGUGCUUUCUGAAAUACAAACAAAUACAGCUUUAUCAUAUGAAACACAUCAUUUAUUCACUGGUAUAGAAACAAUAUCCCAACAUGAUUCCUCCUCCUUCUUCAAGAAAGGUUCAACAUUUUUGAGAAACGCAUUUCAUUGCAGAGAGUUGCAGAGACAAGGUGACAACACCACUCUAACGUCUGUUUAGGACUGUGUGUAUAUAUAUAUAUACAGUCUAUGAUGCUGAAUAUGAAUCUUGUUUAACUCUGGCCAAGAAUUAAAGCAGACAAGUCUUCCUUUUAAGUAGUAGUUUAGAAUUUUUCCUAUUUUGCCACUUUUAUAGUGGUAUUAAUUUAUUAAUUUUUAAUAAUUUUUUUAAAAAUCUAAACUUUAUUACACCCUUCGGAACAUUAGAGACUCCUCAUCCGUCCAAAGUGCCUUCCAUAGAAGUUAAUAUCUUCUGAAGCUACCUUUCGAUUGCCCGACCAAACACUAAAGAUUUCUCUGUGCAUGCGUAUAUAACUCAUUGUGUUGUUAUCCGUGUUUUCAGUGAUUGGACCUACUCUAAGUAACAAAUUUCCAUUUGUUUGAGCUGUAACAUCAACAGUAUAGCAAAAGAUGUCGCCUGGAUGAAAGACCAUACACACUCUCUUUCUUAUCCUGCUGCAUGCACAUCGAUCUGUAGAGCUAUAUAGCAUGUGGCAAAUGUCGAACGACUGACUGAACUGUGAAGUGACAUUCCCUAAUUGUAUUACUUCAUCCUACCACUGAGGGGUAGCAUCGUGUCUUCAUUCAAAGCACUUGUCAAUGAGAGUUUUCUGAAUCCCAAAAGACCCUUACUUGAUGUUUCCGGGAUAUAUCAGCGUGUCCUUUUUAAAUAAUGAAAUAUGGAGAUCUAUAUUUGAUGGCAGGUUGUUUUAAUCUGUUGUGUCGACGAAGCCAUUUUUGUAAAUACUGUACAUGUUUCUCUGUGUGUUGUGAGAAUUGAUCACGUGCUGCUGUUUGUGAACUCCGGGUCUUCAACUGUAGAUGUAGAAACAUUAGAUGUGAUCGUGCAUCGUGACCACAGUUUCCAUGAAGAACAUAAACGUACUUGUGACCCUGAAGUGACCCCCCCCCCUACACUUCCACACCUCUGUUUUUGACGUGCACAUUCAAAGUAUUUGCAGAUAGUGUUGUGCAAUAAUCUCAUGUAAUGUAACUGUAAAUCAUGAAGUAUAAUCAUACAUAUACAUAUAUAGGAAGCGUUGCCAGAUCCUCUGUUGACUUUACACUGUUUUCAAGUUAACUAGCUGUUGAUUCUCAAAGUGUCCCUUUGCAUGUGCUCUCAGUUCGUCUCUAAAACCUUUGAAACGUUCGUAGACGACGGUCGAACGGCUGAACACCGUUGAUUGUGUUUCUCCUGUUGUGACCUUUGUACACCCUUGAGCAUGAGCCACUACAUUUAAUCUCAACAUCUCUCCACCCACACUACGCAUCCUCCGCCGAUAUAAUGUUACAUUGAUGCCUCUUAUAUUUCGCUCUGUCUCCACAUCGAACAUAUCUGUUGUGAAACGAUGGCGGCAGAUUGUCUUUUAUUUUUUUUCUUCUUCAUGUAAAGUAUCAACCAAGUAAAAUUUAACGAUGGAGUACAUUCUGUUUUUUGUGGGAUUGCCCUGUUGAUUAACUCAAAGAGAACGGGCUGGAACAUUCAAGCAUACACGGCAAUGAGUAAUAGCAGCUAAUCAGGAUUACUCAAAGUAAGGGCAAGUAAAGCAUUGCUUGUAUUUAUUAUUAGAUGAACACUGACUCCAGUCUCCAAGCACUCUGUCUGUGGGCAGACAAAAAAAGGUCAUGAGAAUCGUCUGAACUUACAAAACUCAAGAUAAACUGAGACUACCUAUCGUGCGUACGUUAUCAUUACUACAAAGCUGACGGAUAAAACCUGGAGGAACCUUCAACACGACAGUCCCCGUGUUUAUGUGUUGUAUGUCGAACAGAGACCAUUUUAUUGUGCUGUGCUUCCUUUUUUUUCACUUUGCUUGGACAUGUUGUUCAUAAUGUUGAUUCAAAUUGCUGGUACUGUAAUAAAUGUAUUUUUCGAUGUGA